AGGGGUGGAGUUUAGAGGAAGCGGAAGUGUCAGAGCAGGCGGAAGUGGUACUGCCCUGAAUACCCUGAGCAGCGAGCGGAGGACGGCUUGAUUAACUCCCAUCGUUCAGAGACUAAAAUCGGGAUUUCUAGUACGCUCUAAAUCCUCAAAAUGGAUAAGAACGACCUGGUGCAGAAAGCCAAGCUGGCCGAGCAGGCCGAGCGCUACGACGACAUGGCGGCUGCCAUGAAGGCCGUGACGGAGCAGGGCCUGGAGCUCAGCAACGAGGAGCGCAACCUGCUCUCUGUCGCCUACAAGAACGUGGUGGGGGCCCGCCGCUCAUCCUGGCGCGUCAUCUCCAGCAUCGAGCAGAAGACGGAGGGGAACGAGAAGAAACAGCAGAUGGCCCGCGAAUACCGUAUGAAGAUCGAGGCUGAACUCCAAGAAAUCUGCCACGACGUGCUGAAUCUGCUCGACAAAUUCCUCAUUCCCAACGCAUCUCAGGCGGAGAGCAAGGUGUUCUACCUCAAAAUGAAAGGAGACUACUUCAGAUACCUGUCAGAGGUGGCCUCUGGGGACUCAAAGAAGGACACGGUGGACAGCUCUCAGCAGGCCUACCAGAAAGCCUUCGACAUCAGCAAGAAGGACAUGCAGCCAACACACCCCAUCCGGCUGGGCCUGGCCCUCAACUUCUCCGUCUUCUACUACGAAAUCCUCAACUCGCCCGAGCAGGCCUGCACUCUGGCCAAGCAGGCUUUCGACGAGGCGAUCGCCGAGCUCGACACCUUGAACGAGGACUCGUACAAAGACAGCACGCUGAUCAUGCAGCUACUAAGGGACAACCUCACUCUGUGGACAUCAGAAAACCAGGGCGACGAGGGCGAAGCCGGUGAUGGGGAGAACUAGAGCGCACUUCACUGUUAACCCAUCCCCACUCUCUUCCUCCUCCUUCUCCUCCUCCUCCUUUGAUCUCUCUUCCUCUCUCUUCCUCUUCUUCCCUGUCUACGUACACAUAAAAAAAACAGCCCGUUCAUUCCCCCUCGUCCCACUUUUUUUCAAGCCCAGCCUCCCGACCUCCCUUCUGUAUAACCAACAGCAUGAAUAGUACCUGACCUUCACAGACAGAUGGGGGGUGGGAGGGGAAGAAAAAAAAGGAGGGGGGGAGGCGAGAGAAAGUACUCAAUCACCCCGCGAUCCCUCCAUCCAGCCCUCCCUCCCUCCCUCCCCUUGAUCAUGGCA